AUGGAGCAGGAGAAGCACGAGGCGAUGAUGCAGAAGGCAGGGGCAGACAUUUGCAAAGACAAGUUGAAGGGUGGCAACAGGUCUGAAAGCUUCUCCGUCUUCUCCAGUCAGGUCAAGGACAAGCUGAAGGCUGACCGCGAAGAUGUGGAGCGCCGGGAGUUUGCCAUGCACGCCCUCCAGGACAACCCAAAGUGGCACAUCCAACAGGAGGCUCUCAUUGGCCACCCAGUCCGAGUCAUCCACAUUACGAAGCAUAGAGAUUUGCCCAUGUUUGCCGGCCCAAUGCUGCGCCUGUUCUUGUGUGCGCUUCUGGGCCUAGUAGCUGGCGUGCCUCGCGUGGCUGUGGUAGGUGCUGGCAUCAACGGGGCUUCAGCUGUUCAUUUUCUCAGGGAGCUGCUGGGAGACGGUGUGGAUAUCACAGUCUACGAGGCGAGCCGCGAGCCAGGCGGCCGGACCUUGACGAGGACCUUUGCCAAUGUUACCAUCGACGUGGGCGGCACUGCAAUCUAUUCGCGGAACAGGUACAUCUCAGGCUUUGCGAAGAGCUUCGGAUUAUUGCCUGCAGGGGGAGAUGAUGGCGUGAACUCAGACAUCGGCAUCUGGGACGGCGACGAGUUUCGCAUCAAGGUGGAUUCAGACAGCAAGCUGGACCUCGGAGCCAAGCUGCUUUGGCGAUACGGGCUGUCGCCUCUUCAUGUGAUUCCUGCUGUGCGCAAAGCCGUUGACAGCUUCGACAGAAUCUACAGCCUUCAAGAUCAGCAGCAAAGCUUCAAGACUCCUGCGGAGCUCUUCGAUGCCCUGGGCGUUUUCAACCUGACCCAGACCUCUGCCUAUGACUACUUUGCGAGCCUUGGUGUUGGCCAGAAGUUUGUCCGAGAGAUGGUUGAUGGUGCUUCCAGGUGCAACUACAAUCAGCCUGGUACCCUCAACAGCUUCGCAGACUUGAUUUCCCUGGCGGGUGUGGGUGUGGGAGGUCACGUUUUUGGACUUGCGAAUGGAACCCAGGCCAUCUCGCGCGGGCUUCUUGCAUCCGCAACGCGGGUUCGACUGGGAGAGCGGGUGGUUCGGGUUACUGCGAAUGCAACAGGCUACACGGUGCAGUCCACAAAAAGGUCCGAGCACUUUGAUGGCGUGAUCUUAGCAACGCCUCUGGAGCUAACUGCCAUCCAGCUGCCUGCAGAAGCCAGGCAGCACGCGGGAAGCGGGAGGAGGUACCAGGCCACCUAUGUGACCUUCGUUCACGGACAGCUCAAUGAGACUUAUUUCCGAUUGAAAGCUACCAAUGCCAAGACGGUCCCGGGAACAGUUCUCACAACGGAGGACUCUUCGUCUCCUUUCUCUUCGUUUGGAGUUCACAGGAAGUUCCCUGAUGGGUCGAUGGUUGUGAAGCUGUUCUCGCGGCGGCAGCUUCAUGAUUCGGACAUCCAGCCGCUCUUUCCAAGGGUUCCGCACUCGGUGAAGCUGCAGCGCGAGGUUGAGGUUGAACGGGUCGCAGCAGAAGCAUUGAUGCAACCUUUGCAUGGACCAAUAUUGUCAUCACCUCAGGGCGGCCUUGUUAAAACUGUAGGCAAAAUCCGCCCGAGGUGCGCCACCUGCAGCUCCGUAGAAUCCUGA